AUGGCGUCCUCAGUGGGCGGCCGCCGAGCUGCGGGGGCGGAGCGGCCCCAGGCGCAGCCGCCGCAGCACACGCUGCGGCUGGUGGAGAAGCUCCUCGACCUGCACGUCCGCGACGCCCUCGCGGUCGCCUUCGCAGAGCUGCGGCGCAGGGAGCGAGAGGCGGCCUUCACGAACUCCCUCCCAGCGCCCGGUCCGGGGCCGCGGGGAGGCGGCGAGGCGACGCAAAAGUACACGGUGGGCCGCGCGCGCGCGGGACGCGACGGCGCAGGCGCCGCUGCCGCCGCGUUGGAGGAGGCGAUACGAGCAGGUCUGCGGGACGAGUGCCGCGUCGAUGCCGCGUCCGCGGCGGAGCGGUGGUUCACGGCGCCGCACGAUAGUGGGUUUGUCUUCAUCCUGCUGCGGCGACUGGCCUCCAUGACGGAGGCGGAGGCAAGGCAGGAGAUCCGGGACGCCGUGGCGCGGUACGUCGACCCACACGUGAAGGCGUUUUGGGACAUGAAGCGGCUGCAACGGGCGGCGGACGGCUACGGCAGCGACGGCGACGGCGACGGAGGCUGA